UCUACUUUGCUUGUUGCCGCAGUGUGUGUUGUCAACUGUUUAUUUGAUUCGCGGUGAAACAGAAGCUACUUAACGAAGUUGACACUAAACGGGGAGAAAGGGAGGAAACGACUCGCUGCUCUCACCCGAGGCUGUUGUAGAUUAAAGCAAAUCCCGGAACUUGAACCGGUUAGAGCGGAGCUAACGUCAGCUAGCAUUCUGUUGACAGGCGGUUCGCUGUCAAAACUGCAGCCUGUGAAAAGUGACUAUUGGUAAUCACUCAGUGGGACAUCUAGGGUUUGGGGCAGAGGCGUUCUGUUGGCGGUCCUGCUACGCGCGAAGUUGCAGCGAAAUAUUAAGGCAAAUUCAACUCUAACCACUUGUGGAGCGAGAGGAUGGCAUCGCGAGGAGGCUUCCCCGGUUCCGCGAUUAACCCGAAUUUGAGUCCUAUGAAUGCGGGACAUUCGGCGGGCAUGAGAAUGUCUGGACUGCCGCAGUCAAUGAGCGGAUACAGCCGGAGCAUGAACAUGUUACCCCAGUACCUGCAGCGCCCAGGAAUCCCACCCAGUAGGGUUGGGGGCCCCAUGGGAUCAAUGGGGGGUCAGCUGCCAGGCCCCUCUUAUGGUAGUGGGAACAUGCCCAUGCGGCCAGGCAUGGGGCCUCCGAGCAUGGACGCCUCAAGGAAGCGGGUCCUGUAUCAACAUCAACAACAACAGCAACAGGAGGCACUGGGGGGAGGAGGAGGCCUCAGACGAGGGACAAAAAGGCGCAAGAUGGCAGACAAGGUUCUUCCACAGAGGAUCCGAGAUCUGGUGCCCGAGUCCCAGGCCUACAUGGACCUCCUGGCCUUUGAAAGGAAACUAGACCAGACAAUCGCUCGGAAGCGUAUGGAGAUUCAGGAAGCAAUCAAAAAGCCCAUUAUGCAAAAGCGCAAACUCAGGAUCUACAUCUCCAACACCUACACACCCUGCAAGCCUGAGGGUGAGGAGGCCGAGAAGGUCUCGUCCUGGGAGCUGAGGGUAGAAGGCAAACUACUGGAGGAGCCUGGCAAGCAGAAAAGGAAGUUCUCCUCUUUCUUCAAGAGUUUGGUGAUCGAGCUCGAUAAGGAGCUCUACGGACCUGACAACCACUUAGUAGAGUGGCACAGAAUGCCCACUACUCAGGAAACGGAUGGUUUCCAGGUAAAAAGACCGGGAGAUGUGAAUGUCAAAUGCACCCUGCUGCUCAUGCUGGACCAUCAGCCUCCUCAGUACAAGCUGGAUCCACUGUUGGCUCGUCUCCUGGGUGUGCACACGCAGACACGGGCCAGCAUCAUGCAAGCUCUCUGGCUGUACAUCAAAAACAACAAGCUGCAGGACGGUCACGAGAAGGAGUACAUCAACUGCAACCGCUACUUCAGACAGAUCUUCGGCUGUCCUCGCAUGAGGUUUUCAGAGAUCCCAAUGAAGCUGGCUGGCUUGCUGCACCACCCUGACCCAAUCAUUAUCAAUCACAUCAUCAGUGUGGACCCCACAGAUCAGAAGAAGACGGCCUGUUAUGAUAUCGAUGUUGAAGUGGAUGACCCGUUGAAGAGCCAAAUGAACAGUUUUCUGUCCUCAACAACCAACCAACAGGAAAUAGCCGCCCUGGAGAUCAAGAUCCAUGAGACGAUUGAGUACAUUAACCAACUGAAGACUGAAAGAGACUUCAUGCUCAGCUUCAGCAAUAACCCACAGGACUUCAUCCAGGACUGGCUCAAGUCUCAGAGCAGAGAUUUAAAGUUGAUGACAGAUGUGACGGGAAACCCAGAGGAGGAGAGAAGAACUGACUUCUACCAGGCACCCUGGGUACCAGAAGCUGUGGGCAGAUACGUCUAUUCCAAAGUGCAACAGAGAAGACAGGAACUGGAGCAGGUUUUGGGGAUCCGUCUCACUUGAACACAUUUCCUUUUGGCUGACUCGGGGUUAGCCAUUACAUUUGAGCAGUGAUUAUUCAGGUGUUUGGAUUCUGGUUGUAUAAGGUACUGACAAACAGUCAUGACUGAGCACUCACCCUGAAAAUACACCCUAACCGGGUUAAUGUUUAAUAAAUAAAAAUCAGGUGCUAACCUCAUAUGGGGAUUCUAAGUGAUUUUUACACAGCCAGGAGCAUUUAUUGAUCUAAUCCUGCCUUUACAAAAAUGGCAAAAAUGUAUACUUGCAUACAUUUUAUAAAAUAAUAUAAAGAAAUACAGAAAUACUGUAGACCAGAAGUGAAAACAUUCGUGAGAUUAUAUUAGUUUUAGAUUUCUGAAAAUACUCAGACCUGGAUAAAAGCCAUGACUCAAACAAUUUUAAUCUAUUAGAUUAAAUUUAACUUUAUUGCCACGUGUCACUAAUUCAAAGCAAUGAGAAGGAUUUGGGCAACACAAGCAUGUGAUUCAACUCUAUGAAUCUACUUUAUCAAGGAACAUUAUCAGGGACUUUAAGAACAUUUUCAAAGUUUCUGCCUUUUUGAUGCCUCGCUGCCUUUCAUUGGUAUGUGACGACUAGUAUCUGAUUUGUUUGUUAAGACUUCCUGCUUCCUGUACGCAUUGACUCUGUGGCUGAAACGAUGACUUUCAGCCUAAAUUUAUUUUCUAAUCACCAAGUUAUGAAAUCCAGCCGUGUGGUUUAUAGAAGUUAUAAUAAUAAUUGUACAAAUAUGAGUACAUUUAGCACUUUGUCUUUCACUUUCAUUUAUGUUUUGUCCCAAACAGUGAGUUUGCAAACAGUUUUUUUUAGUUGGGUCUAUACCUCCAAAUAAGCCCUACCUUCCAAGCAAAAACUAAAUUAAAACCUGGUACUAAAAUGAAUUGUGUUGCCUGCAGUGGAAACACACACUUUGUGGUACUGUUCCUAUAUAAGUCUAUCAUUUUGAGCCUUUCUUAAAAGCUCUGUUUUUGUUUAGCUGUUGUUUAGCUGUUGUUUAGCUUGUUUAGCAUUAUAAAUGAGGAAUUAAUGUUGAAAACAUUGUGAUUUUUGCAGCUGACUCUGUGUCUUGUAAAUAACUUUAUGGGGGAAAAAAUUACUUCUGGUGCCUGGGAGAUUGACAUAAGUUUUUUUUCAAUGCCAGGGGUGACCUUAAGAGGUUUAGGUGCUUUCGUUUUUGGUUGAUGAUCUUGGGAACUUUUAGGAAAACUGUUCGUUAUAAACAGUGGUGAAUCCACUCUGAGCCUGGACCAUCAGUUGUUUUGUACUUUUCAGAAUUGUUUACAAAGUGUAUGCUAUUAUGUGUUCUUUGUGUUGCUUGUUAAAUCCAGUACUAUUUCAUUGUGAGUAAACCUUUGGUUUGAAUUGUUAAGGAUUUGUAUAAAACAUUCCAGUGUGUUAAAUCAUUCCACAUUAACAUAUAACUUGCAGUGCCAAAACAUAUACAGAGGCUUGUUGUGCAGCCUCUUUGUAAAAUUUUACAUUAUGUGUACUGAUCAAAAGCCAUUAUCUUUUAUACAUUUGGAUUAUUUUCUACAAUAAAUAUACUUGACCAAUGA